AUGGGAUACUAUUAUUCAUCAUUCACAUUUCAGCCCCUGACCCAACUGUGCAUAUCACUCAUCCAGGCUUCUCCUGCCGUGAAACCAGUCUGACCACCAGUUUUGGAGAGGAAAUGUUUUAUAGCUGCCUGGAACGCACCGAGAGACCUGUGCUCCCUGAGGUACAGCGUAGUGCUGAACCUGAAAAUGUUCCGUAUAACUGGGAGCCCAUUAGCUAAAGCAAGAGGGCAGAACGUGACCAUAUUUUAUUUUAAUAAGCUUGGCUAUUAUCCUCGGUACACAUCACAGGAAAUCCCUGUUAGUGGCGGCUGAUCACAGAACUUCAGUUUGCAAACUCAUCUGGAGAAAGGCAGCUGUGACAUUAACUAUUCCACCCCAGCUAAGGACUUCCAUGGAUUAGUGGCCAUAGACUGGGAGCACCGGAGCCCUCAGUGGGACUGUGACUGGGAUGCAAAAGAUGUUUACAGGAGAAAAGCCAGGAAACUCAUUUCUCAAAUGGAAGGGAAUUUUUCAGCAGCUGAUGUUGAACAUUAAGUCAGAUUUUCCUUUGAAAAAAGUGCAAAAGCUUUUAUGAAGGAAACAAUUGCAUUAGGAAUGAAAAGCAGACCAAAGGGCCUGCAGGGAUACUGUUUAUACCCUGACUGCCACAAUUACAAUUUCCGUGUUCAGAACUGAUCUGGUUCCUGCCUAAAGAGUGAAGUUUUGGGGAACAAUGAACUUCCCUGGCUCUGGGAUGGCAGUGCAGCCCUGUAUCCUUCCACCAGCAUUAAGAAAUCCCUUGGAAGCAGUGAAAACAUUUUGCACUUUUCUGAAUUUAUGGUGAAUGAAUCCAUAAGGAUUUUCUUCAUGACAUCCCAAGGUUAUGUUUUGCCUGUAUUUGUGUAUAGUUGACUAGGUUAUGGAGAUGAACCUUUAUUUUUUUCUCUCUCCCAGCGAGAUCUUAUUAACACUAUUGGAGAGAGUGCUGCUUUGGGAGCUGCAGGCAUUGUUAUUUGGAGAGAGAUGAGUUUAACUUUGUCAGAAAUAGUAAAGAAACCCAGCCAUCAUGAGAAUAAAUGGCUGAAGAACUCCUUGAACUCCUUUGCAGAAUGA